AUGUGGUGGAAACAGCCAAGAUAUACUCUUUGGGGAAGUACAAAAACAAAUAAAGGAUUGAAGUUGAAGUAUGUUAGUUGAGAAUUUAAGUGUUCAAUUUAUAAGAUGAUGUAGUUGAGUUUUUACCAGUUCUCCAUAUGGAUGACUAAAAUCCCUUCAGUUUGUUGUGAACUUUUCCUCUCUAAAAUAAUGUUACAAGAAAUAAAGGUUAAUGGUUCUCUCUUCCUUUUACUCAAUAGACAUGGCAACCAGGAAAGGGUGUUUAGAUUAGAGUUUGUGUCAAAUCAGAGAUUCACAGAAACGGAAUUUGCCAGGUGGAAAGAAGAGGUAACUUAGGGUCAAUCUCUCCAUUCUUUUUCAGGCAACUUACUUAAUUUUACCAUCAUGUUGAACUUUUGGGGCAACUUCAAAUCAUGUUUAUCUGACUCCAACUUCCACUUGACAGUUGGAUUGUGGGAAGGUGACAAAGGACAAUCGGUGAUGCAUGCCCCUCUCCUUUAGGAACUGCUGUGUAGCCACGGUGCCGUCAGGUGGCACAUUCAUUUGGGAUGUCAUAGGUGGCAAAAGUACAUUGCAGACACUCUAUCAGGCCAUUAGAGCCCUCCUGUCCAAGUUUGAGUUUCCCUCAGAGUUACACUAGGGGUAUGUGACCAAAAAUUUGCAAACACCUGCUUUGCAGCAAAGGCGGGCAUAUUAUUGAGGUGCACCCAAGCAACCAUUGUGCUUUUUCUCCCGUACAGUGAGUUUCCUAAUUGCUUCCAUCACCUCAAGGGCAGUCAUAGAACAUAAAACAAGAACAAUGUGGUCUGAUAAACUAGUACCAGGCCCCUAUUGUGCAUAUAAAACUUAGUGUCCAGUCCUCAUUAUGUAGUUGUGUUCUUCUCUUAAAGAUGUAUGAAAAAACUAAAAUACGUUAAUUUAGUUUCAAUAAAGCAGGAACAGUAAUAAACUGUAAUAAAAAAUAAAACAAUUCCUCCUUUGUUGUUCUUUUACGUUUGCCUUUUAAUGAUGUGAAUGAUUCUAUUUGUCAUUUAUGAACAGUGUGAAUCUCAUGACAUUCCUUUACCAACACUUGAGGAGGUGGACACCAAAGCUAAACAAUUCAAUGAAGCACAGCAUUACAUGUAUAAUGAAGAGGAUAUUGACAAGGUAUGAAAACUAAGAGAGACUAGCUUAACCCUUUAACUCCCAGAAGUGAUUAACAUGUAAAUUCUCCCUUUAAUAUCCAUAUGUUAUCCAGCAAACAGGUAUUGAGAAUACUCAAACUCAUCAAGUAGGAGGUUUCAUCUUGAUCUAACACCAAAUUCAUGUCUUCCCUCUAAAGGGUAUACUCUGCACUCAGUAAUUCAACAUAAUUAUUUAUAACAACAUUGGUAACUUUUUUUUGAGCACAGUACUUUGGAUUUACUAGAAAUUUCCACCUUGCUUUAAAUUUAGGCUUUUGUGUGACAAAAAUUUGUCAUCAUUUUUUGUUUCAUAAACCAAGACAGUGCUUAAUUUAUGGUCUUUUUAUUUGCUGCACUGAUGACAGAUUGUUGCAGAGAAACAGAAAUUCAGGAAAACACCCUUUAAUUACGCUCAGAAGAAGAAUCAUUUAAUGCGAUCAAAGGUUUGUAAAAUAUCUAUUAAAAACUUUUAGUACAAGUAGCUCAGUCACAUUCAAACACCAAGUUAAACUCAUCAAGAAAAGAUGACUUUGGGAGACUUGGGAAGGAGGGAGCUUAGUUUUAAAAGGUAGCCAUGGUAAACAUGUGGGUAUAACCAAUCAGAACCAUCACAGUGAGUGAUUCAGUGGGAAAGAGCAAUUUUCAAUAAAGUGUCAAAAGUAAUCCAGAAUUGCUUUGUCUAUACUUUACUUCUACCACUGACUUCCUUAAUCAGUCAUAAUCAAAACUAAAAUCAAUCAUAACUUGGUCAUGUCCAUUUUCCUGAGCUCCAGGCAGUUUGCUUGAUUUUAUUUCAUGUUCUUAUUGGCUCUUCAAGAUAUUUUCCUGGUUAUGAUUGGCUGCUGUGAUUGUAUUGGUUUUCAUUUUAGUUUUACAACAACCAAUUGAAAAUCACCAUACAUACUGAAUCUCACAAUAACCUACAUUGUGGGUGCAAGGAGUCAGAGAACAUUCUGCUGGCUGGUUUUUACCAUGAAUUUGGGAUGAUCCAUAAAGAUUAGGCAAGGAAAGCUAAAUUAUCUAAUUCCAUGUAUCUUCCUCUCUGAUCUCAAUGGUCACCUUGCACAAUAUCUGCCUGACAGUCACAGCCAGUCAUAAGUUGAUAUUCACAAGUGAAGUGAUGUGGAAGGAAUGAUUUUCAUAAUAAUUUUAUCUCAUUUAAUUUACUUUUGAUGUAAGGGAAUGAUGUGAAUUUGAUUUCUCCAUAGUAGUGCUUGUUUUGUAAUCGUUUUCACUGCAUGCAAACAAGGAAAAGUGGGUUAACAGCACUUAUUUAUUUUCUUUUAUGGGUAACAGGAAAUAGCAGAACAGAAGGGGAACUUGGAAGAAGCAGAAAAAUUGCGUGGUGAACUGGAUGACUUGGAAGAGAAAGCACAACAACUUGACAAAGUGCGGUCUAAAAACCUUAGUGCUAUCAGGUAAAGGGUAACCUUCUGCUGUGUUUUGCAAAUUGAGACAAAACUACCCUGUGUUGUACAUGCAGUUCACUUUUAGUUGUUUGAUUUUGGUUUCUUGCUUUUCAGAGAUUUACAUACUGGUAUUUUGUUGUUUCCUUCAAUUUUGCCUGAUAUUUCAGGCAAUGUUAUUCACCCUAUGUUCAUGCUUCCAAUUUUAACUUUCAUUCACAAAUUAUGUAGAGCCUGCACAACCACUUUUUGAAAAACCAGCCCAAUACCUUAGGGUGGAUGUCCUUAAGUUAGUCUAAAGGAUAGGAUGUUACAUCAAAAUAUAUUCUUAGCUUCUUCUUGAGAUGAGUGUCAUGGGCAUUAAUUCAGGGUCCCUGUGUACCUAGACAAAGUUCUAUUACCUUUUGAAGAGUUUUAUUGAUUUGUUUCUUGUUAAAAUUCUAUAGUUCAUUGUUUAUCUUUUCAUCUUUUUAAUUUCCUCAUGCUUUUACCAGUAGCUCAUCUCAUUGCAAUCUGUUUCCACUUGCAGUUACAUCAAUGAAAGAAACAGAAAGAGGAAUAUUGUGGAGGCUGAAAAAGCUGCAGCUGUAAGAUUACUGUAGUUUUAUAUUUUUAUUGCUUGGAUUCUGUAAAAUAAGUUAGUGCAGUUUUCAUAAGCUGAUGGUGAAUCAUGUACAGAUGAUGAUGAUGAUGAUGUUACAGAUACUGUUAAGAAAAAAAAUGUGAAUUAUCUGUUCUCUUUUUCCAAGAAGCAUCUUUUAACCUUUUAACUCCCAAGAGCUGAUUGUUGAUUCUCCCCUCCAGCUGCUAUAUAUUUUGGUGUAAAUUAGUAAAGAGAAUACUGUUGUCUCCCUGUUAAGUUUAGUGAUUCCAAUUACCUGUUUUCUGGAUGAAGUAUGAAUAUUAUAACAAGGAGUAACAUGUUUAUUACUUCUGGGACUGUUAAGGGUUAGCAGAAAACACUAAGGGUGAUUGGGGUUUAAAAUUUGUAAUCCUCCUUUCAAGUCUCUCUUGGCGUGAACACCUUUAAAACUGAUAACUUUUUCACAACUAUUAAUCCACUCCAAUCAGGAAGAAAUGAAUGUGGAACAAAAAGCUGAUCCAUUCACAAGACGGAAAACCCUUCCUCAACUUGUGUCUAUGGUGAGUCAAACUCUGUAAAAAUUAUGACACAUCAAGACAACAUGAAUUGAACCUGUUGAAUGCCACGGAGCCAUACCUUAAACUGUUUUAGACCUAAAAAAUUUGCAUGAAAGGUUGCACUGUACAUCCAAACUUGAUAUACAUUCUUUCUGUAGAGCUGAUUUCACCAAGUUGUCUACCUUCUUGUGAAAAGACUUGUGAAAUGUCAAUUGUACUUUUAAAUUCUUGGGUUUAUGCAAACCUGCUUUUAUAUUCAGGCUAAUAGAACCAUUCCAAGUUCUGUUACACAAGCACAAAAUGGAGCAAAUACUGAAGGGGCAGCUUCUUCUUCGAUGCCCCAAUCCACCAGCACUGAUGGAGUAAGUGUUGAUAUUUUUUAUUUUGCCACUUUUAUAGUGUAAUGUAGCAGCCCUUUACACUCUAACAUCAGUAUGCUGAUGUUAUCUCCAUACUGUUCUCUAUACAUUUUCCAGCUGCUGAAAAGGAGAAUUUAUUUUACAAUUAGGAGCUUCUUUGGGUGGUGAUCAUUUCCUUUAUUUAUGACCAUCAUACUGUAAUCACUCUGUCUUGUAAAUAUGCUGUUAUUUAUUGCUGUGUUCUGAAGCUUUAACUGACACUAUAUACCAUGUAGACAUACUUUACAAUUAUUGGAAGAAUUUUGGUAAGAUUGUUUCCUAAUGAUUUGCUUCAUCUUUGUUGCAGGCUUCAUCAUCAAGCCAACCAACUGAAACAGCUGAUGUAAGUUCAACUCGUCCUUUACAAUUGUGCAAUAGAAAAACUAUGUGCAUAUCUUGAAUAAAAAAAUGUGAAUGGUGAAUUAAUAAGAGUGGAUUUGAGUUAGUUAGUAUGAGGAUACAAUGGACCAUCUCCUCAGUAGUCAGCUCGUUUUACAGAGGGAAGUGACCACAAGAGGUUGCCAUGAGUAAAAGGUUGCAUGGGGGAUGAAAGCACACCCAUUUUUCAAGGGGUAAAACAUUUUUAUUUGCCAAAGAUGGUAAUUAUAGACUGUAAAUAUGACAGAUCCCCCCUAAAAAAAAUUAAGCAUUUAGGAUGCACUUUUAUUAGAAGCUGUGGAGAUGUUGCCUUUGUCAAGGUAUUCAAAUAAGAGAGAAUACAUAGAACAUUUGCCUGGACGACAAAGUUGUUUGUCGAGGCUCAUUGGUUGAGAUACAAUUGACACUAUCAUUUCUCUGUCAUUUUAAUGCAUGUUUUGUUUGAUUUCUAGGUGUCAGAUAUAGAAAGACUUUCACAAAUGCCAUUGGCUGGAGCAGCACCUCAUCCUCCUGAAAGGAAACCUCAGUCAGAGGAUCUGUUUUCGGCACACAACUUUGACAUCACAAUCAAUCUCGACAUUCCUGCCCCUGGAACAGGUGACACACUUUUUUUUAUGACUAUCUACAGUGGAUAUAACAAUUGCUAUAAAAGUGCUUUGAAGUACAGACAUUUUUGGAAAUAUCCAGAGUCAAGUUUAAGUGAUACAUUGGACAAGUAUACACUCAAAGAUAUGUGCUGAGCUAGAUAAAAAUAGAACAGGAAAAUUAUUUGUUCAGGAUUGAAGAAAAACUAGACUCCUCUGUGUUUAUUAUGCUUCUGAAAGAUGUGUAUUUGUCCAAGCUUGGCUGGGUAAUGGCCAAGUUUGUUAUGUAAAGCUUACUUUAUCUGUGACAGAUAGAUGGCAAUUCAGGAAACACGUUUUUGUUCACCUGAAGAAGCCAACCAAAUACCAAAAAAUAUGUUGCAUGAUUACUCAGUCAAUAACCCAUGUAUGGUCAUCAAACUUUGAAACUGUUGAUAAAUUUGAUUAGAGAAAUGAUGGACAAAUAUGGAAGGGACUAUUCCCUUAUCCUCUGCUAGGAUGUCUUGUUUGAGAUCAAGGAAAUGAUUUUUUUUGUAGACAAUUGCUAAAAACUAGGAAGACAGGUUCAACUUUGGAUAAUCAAAGACUUAAACAAAGCCUUCUUUCAACAGAGUCUCGUCCAGUGGUAGUAACUCCAAGACCUGCCAACACCGAAAGGGAUGGAGCACCUAGGAGAUCACUAAACCUUGAAGACUACAAGAAGCGAAGAGGACUGAUAUGA